CGGAUCACCUCAGUGCGGGAAAGUCCAAUACACCUGUCACAAACAAACACAGAUGUUUAUGGACACGAAAAACUCUAUUCCGCUAAGUGUUGAAGAUAAAUUUUACUUACCGGCGUUCCUGUUUGGAAAUAAAUAUCUCAAGGAAGUAAAUAUGGCGCUUAUUCGUUCAAUAUUUGUUUGACCUAUUUACAUGGCAGUCUCUGCGCAUAAUCGAAAGAUGUCGUCUUCCGGUUUGGUACUUCCGGACAUUUGCACAGAAUAGUGUGAACACUGCAAAGAUGCAGAAGGAAGAAAAACAAUUGGAGCUUGCUCUUGAUGCACUUAUUCAAAGAGUACAAGACCUGAAAAACUCGCUGGCUGCUUUUCUGACUAAGCUGGAAAAUGAGUACCAAACAAUGAGCUGGCCUUCCGUGCUGGAUAAUUUUGCCUUGUUGUCGGGACAGCUAAACUCCCUAGGAAAGCUCCUGAAGAGCGAAAAAGUGCCAAUCUUGAGAAACCAGAUUCUGCUGCCCCUGGCUCUCUCCCCUGAAAGGGACCAAGAGCUUGAGAAACUUACUGAAAGGAGAGUAUUCGCAUUCAACCAUGAAGUUGUACCUGACUAUUUGCGUACCAAGCCAGAACCUGAUGUAGAAAAAAAGAUCCAAGAGUCGACUGCCAGAGCUACAAUCAACACACCAGAUGUUGCUCAGAAACAACUGAACGCUAUGAACAAGGUGACCAGUAAUAUCCUGGAUAUCAUCAACUCACAUCGAGAUGACAUGGAGAGUGAUGCUAACCAGAAAUCCAGUUUGGCUCAGACUUCCUCUAUGUCCGAUACCAAUGCUCUCAUUGCGGUCACCAUGUUUGGUAAGGGACUCAAGUCACUAAGGCGAGACUCCAGCCAAUCACAGCCCAGUAUACAACAGCAAACACAACAACCAAAGGCUCAAGUUAACACGGGGAAAGCUCAAAGUGCAGUAAAAACCAAUAUCAAGGCAGCUGCUGGCUCACAUCCAUAUCAGAGACCUUGAACAGUACAGUUACAUACUCAUCAAGUAAAACCUGUUUAGGGCUACAGAUCAGUGGUGUUGAACAAAGAGUUAUUUCUCAGUGACUGACAGUAGCAUUUUCACUGUUAACAUAAAACGAGGUAAAGGUUGUCUCCCCUGAUUGUGUAUAAACGAGACAGCUGAUAUGGACAACAGUAUCAAUGACCUGGAACCAGAAUAAUUAGUUCAUAUCUUGUGCUAAGGAACCAGCAAAAUUAACUCACAGUGCAUUUAUGUCAUUAUCCUUGAACAAAGGCAAAGCAUUUCCAACUGUAUUAUAUAUAUACCGAAGAUAUAUUUAUGAAAAGAGAAUAUAUAUACAUAUGUGAAUUUUGCCUCUUUGUAUUAGUAAGUGGACAAGCAAACAUGAAAAAAUGCUAAACUAAUUUUGGUUUGAGAUGCAGAAUUGAGGGAACUCUUUAGACUAAAUAGGAAACACCAAAUAGUGAAAUAUUUUACAGUAUACUUUGUUAAUGGCAGAAUACAACAUAGAAUUAUCAAACUUGGAGCUCUUGACUGACUAAAUAGUCAGCCUUGGAAUUUUGAGUUCUAACCUUUAAACCACGAACAUUGGACCCUGACUCACUAAAUCAUCAACAUUGGACCCCGGCUCACUAAAUCAUCAACAUUGGACCCUGAUUCACUAAAUCAUCAACCUUGACCCUGACUCACUAAAUCAUUAACAUUUGAUACUGACUCACUUAAUCAUUAACCUUUGACCCUGACUCAUUAAGUCAUCAACAUUGGACCCUGACUCAUUAAGUUACAACCUUGGACCCUGACUCACUAAAUCAUCAACCUUGACCCUGACUUACUAAAUCAUUAACCUUGGACCCUAACUCACUAAAUCAUCAACAUUGGACCCUGACCCACUAAACGAUCAACCUUGGACCCUGUCUCACUUAAUCAUUAACCUUUGACCCUGAUUCACUAAAUCAUCAACCUUGACCCUGACUCACUAAAUCAUCAACCUUGGACCCUGACUCACUAAAUCAUCAACCUUGACCCUGACUCACUAAAUCAUCAACCUUGGACCCUGACUCACUAAAUCAUCAACCUUGGACCCUGAUUCACUAAAUCAUCAACCUUGACCCUGACCCACUAAAUCAUCAACCUUGGACCCUGACUCACUAAAUCAUAAACCUUGGACCCUGACUCACUAAAUCAUUAACCUUUGACCCUGACUCACUCAAUCAUUAACCUUUGACCCUGACCCACUAAAUCAUCAACAUUGGACACCGACUCACUAAAUCAUCAAUCUUUGACCCUGACUCACUCAAUCAUUAACCUUUGACCCUGACCCACUAAAUCAUCAACAUUGGACUCUGACUCACUAAAUCAUCAACAUUAGACUCUGACUCACUCAAUCAUUAACCUUUGACCCUGACUCACUAAAUCAUCAACAUUAGACUCUGACUCACUAAAUCAUCAACAUUGGACUCUGAUUCACUAAAUCAUCAACCUUGGACCCUGACUCACUAACUCAUCAUUAUUGGAGCUUGACUCCUCACUAAAUCACCAACCUUGGACCCUGACUCACUUGAUCAUCAACAUUAGACCCUGACUCAUCGGCUUUCUGCUUUAAUGAUAUGAAUGAGUAUUAUACAUAUGUACUUGUCUUAUUUACAACAAUUGGACUGUAAGCAGAUUAAGUAUUGCUUCAGUGAUUUGACAUUCAAAUGAAUACACAAAUUUGAUGGCAUUUAUAGUUACCUAGUAAAAAGCAUUAUGACAUAAUUGAAUUCUGCACUUGAUGUUGAUUCACUUUGAUUUGUAAAGUGAAAUAUUACACCUGUAGUUGUCAAUAAGGACUAUUCCAGGGAAAAAAAACCCAAGAAAACAUUAAAAUACUUAUGAAACAGGGUGUGGAGGGGAGUGGGGGCUUGGAUAAGUCAAACAGAAACAAUUGCGGUAAUUUUUAAAAGCAAUUCAAUAUGGUAAGUUGUGCUUUUACUGACUCCCACGGACUGUUCAUGAAAUUUCUUUAUUACAGUAGCCCUCUCAUGGGAUAAACCGUGUAGCGACUUAGAUAAGUGAUUAGAUUCAUGUAUAUAACAAAUGGUAGAUCAUAAUAUCAUAACAAAAAUAUCUAUAGCUCGUAUGAUAUUGUAAAUGGUGAAUGCAGAGAGAAUAUUUGUUAGAGAGUGUGGGUGUAUGUUUAUGAUCAGUAAGCAGUUUCCAUUUUCCAUACAAUGUAAUCUAUUUGUUGUCUUUUUGCUCGGAUGGAUGUUGACAGAAUGAUUGGUUGUGCAAGAUGUUCAUUUAAUUUCAACUCCCAAUUUCUACUGAGUGGAAAGGAAUUAUGAUAAAAUCUAUAAAACUCA